AUUUUAAUUGAAACAGUCGAUUAUCUUGAAAAUAAAGUAUUUUCAGAAAAAUGUUUCAUAUAAAAAUUCGCGCAUAUUUCACAGCAAUAUUAUAUAGUGCAUUCUUGGAUAGUUAAAGUCACUUAAAAAUUACUUUGAAAUUUUUAAAGCCCUAUUUUUUUAUUGCAUAUUUAUGUAACUGACAUCGAGAGCUUUUUAAAGCACUAUAUAAAUAAAAUUAUUAUUCAUUAGAUACUAAUUAAUGUAUGUAUAUGCGUUUUUUUUUAAUGUAUGCUUCUUAAAAUUUUUGUAAAAUUGGCAUAAUAAACAUAUGCCUAUCACAGAUCCAAAAUAUAUUAUGGAAACAAAAGGGAAGUUGUCGGAAUAAUGUAGACUAAACAAUAAUAUAUUGCAACGUGUAUCAAUAAACGAUAUUAAUAUCCGGAAUAAAGAAAUACAAUAAAUAUUAAAGAAAUAUCAGAAAUAUAAUACGUUCAUGAAAAUACGUAUGACAACACUCCGGAUAAUAAACAUGUUCCACGUGAAAAAUUAAAGGACAGAACUAUGGAAAGUUCUGAAUUAAUGGCAGAUGCACGCUGCAUGUGCUUAUUUGCAUCUGAACAAUCCUCUUCUCUUCAUCGCGAACGGCAAAUUGUCAACAGUGAAUGGGGAGGAUAUGCCUUGGAUUUAGAUUUAUGGGAAGACAGCAGAUCACCCGUGGUACAGAUAAGGCCGUGCGAAGUGUUAUUGGACGACUGGGAGAGUUUCGGUUUUCUAUCCGACAGAUUGAUAGGCAUCGGCUCAUCCUUCUUGAGGAGAUCACCCGAAAACGGUCUCUUUAUUCUUAGCAAAUGCGUCCUGGAAAAUAGAGGUCUCACGGAUAUCACUGUGUUGCGUUAUCAUCGGCACUUGCAAUAUAUUAAUAUCGCUAGCAAUAAUAUAUCGUGUUUGUCACCUCUAAGCGGCCUUCCAUACUUAAUGUACUUAAACGCGUCGCACAAUCAAAUUGAACACCUGACGAAUUUUGUAUCGCCUUGGUACCUCACUUACGUAAAUUUAUCUCACAAUCAGAUGACGGGCAUUGACGAACUUAAGAAUUGCUGGAGCAUCGUCAGAUUAAAUUUGUCUCACAAUAUUCUAGAAAGCAUUUCUGGACUGGAAAAUUUGAAACAUUUACAGUAUUUAAACCUGUCCUACAAUCUUAUCGCAUGUAUCGAAAAUUUGGAUGGUCUGAAUAUACGGGAAUUAAACUUAGAAGGCAACUGCAUUACAUCAUUCAAAUCUGCCACACCUGGCCAUGGCAUAAACACGUUGCAUAGACUGCGAAUAAUCCUCCUAGGAUACAACAAACUGUCGACUCUAGAUUUUUUCAAAGAUGCAUACGGUUUACGCUUCGUAGAUCUGAAGUACAAUAAAAUUUCGGACCUAAUGGAAGUGUUGAAUUUGAAGGGCUCAAUAUCUGAGGUUGACUUUAGAGGCAACACCUGCACGAAGUGGCCCAAUUAUCGAAACUUAUUGAUAUAUUCUAUACCAAACGUUAAAUUUAUCGACGGCGUUGAGGUGUUUCCGGAAGAAAAGAUGACAUCGGCUACGCUGUUUGCUUCGCCAAUGGAUUUGAUAACUGUUCGUAAAGUAGCAAAAUUAACAUUAUUGGAGCAGUUAAACAUCAGCAAGAUAGGCGCACACGUUCAACCGUACGAUGAAAUCAGCCCUCCUCUGAUGAUACUCACAGGACCGUCGGCGCUGAAGAAAAUGGCAUUGGCCUUACACGUGGCUGAAACGAUUCCUGACAAAAAUAUAAUUUUGCAGGUAAAAUACUGCCAUUGGCAUACUACGAAGGAGGUCUACGAAGACGUUGACGAAUGUAAAGCGUACAUACCUGUAAACAGAGAAGAAUUUAACGACAUGGCGCGACGCGGCGAAUUUUUAGUGAUUCUGGAUCUUUUGGGCAAUUGUUACGGAUUCCAUGUAAAUCAAAUCAGUUUAUUGAUAUCUGAACAUAAAAUUGGACUUACUCAAAUGAAUCUAUACGCAGUCACAGAAAUUUCUAAACGAUAUCCGAACGUGAAGGCGAUUUUGGUGUUCACACAAAGCAUUGAUCUUCACAGAGACUGGAUACACGAGAAAUUUGACGUUUAUACGUGGAUUAAAAAUAGCGUGGAAAAUUUGUUGAACGUUAAAAUAGGCAAGCAUCAAGAGGAAGAAACGGAAACCGCUAAUUGCAUAUUAAGCUUUAUUGAAGAAAUUUUGGAUGAGAUAAUGAACCGUCUAGUAUUUCCAAAUUACGGCAACACUAUGAGACCACAAAGAAACGGGGCGACAACAACCAAUAUAAUAUUGCAAAGUAAGACAAUGCUACCGAAAGUCAUAUUACGAAGGAGUGAGGCAAUAUCACAGGAAAGAUUGACAUAUUCACCUGAAGAAACGAAGCAGAUGGAAGAAUUAAAAGUAUUAUUGGAUGAGGAAUCGAAUAUUAUUAUCGACGAUGAAGAGAUGAAACGUGAAGAGCAUAGAUCGAGGAUGUUGCAACGUCGAACUAUGUUGAUGACGGAUAUACCUGACCCUGAGUUCGAUGACCAUGAUCUCAGCGAAUCGACGUCUUCCGAAGAAGCAACGGAAAUUCAGCAGGAGAAGUUAACGCACGAAGAAAAGGCAAAAGCACUAAAAGAUACAUAUGCCGAACUUGUUAUAAAAAAUAGAAAAUUAUAUUUGGACUAUCACGAAAGCCAUCCUGGCUUCUUUACUUUGGUGCUCAUUAUAGAUGAUUAUGCGAAAACUUUUAACUCAUUAAUCGACUACAUUCGUGAGUCAUAUAUGAAUCUACCUUACAGGAAGUCAAUUUUCUUAUCAGAAAUGCAGCAUUUCAGGCGUAUGGCAAUUCCAGUCGCGCUUGAAAGUAUCGUUGAUGAGAUCAGAGAAAACUUAUCAAUAUCUAAACUCCAACGCAAGAAGAUUAUUAAAAUUAUAGGGGAUUGUUCUUCGCAAAAUAAUGCUCGUGAUUAACUGUAGGAAAACAAAUUAAAAUAUAAAUGAUUAUACAAAAAAAUCUAAAUAUGUAUGCAUGACAUUUCUUAUUAACACAACGCGCAAAAUAAAGUUUGACCAAAUUUUAGAAACAA